GAGGAAGUUGUCAGGUGAUUUGCGAAAGCACUGGGACUCCCCGUAUCUUGGAAAUAUAUCCUUUUUCGUAAAGAGCGCUUGCAGAGCUCGUCUGGGAUCAGAAUGGAAGGCCGGCAGGACAGCACGCCCAUGCGAGCCUUCGACAAGGACGUUCUGGAGAUGACCGCUGAGGACGUUUAUGACAUUUCUUACGUGAUCGGCAGGGAUUUAUUAAAAGUCAACACGGGCGGCCGGGAGUUUUCGGAUUUGCAGUUCAAAAUCGUCCGUGUGCUGGAGAUGUUUGAGACCAUGGUGAACAAGUACAACCUGUCGCUGGAGGAGCUGAGGAUGGAGCUGGAUAACAUGAAGAGAGAAAUGGAAAGAGUUGUGGCGGAGGGUUCGAGUGGGAAUGUCGAAAAUCAGAUUGUAGGUCCAAACAAAUUAGUCGUGGACUUAAAAGACCCAAACCGACCACGAUUCACCAUGCAGGAGUUAAAGGAGGUUCUGCAGGAGAGAAACAAACUUAAAGCCCAGCUGAUGGUGACCCAAGAGGAACUACAGCUCUACAAGAGUGGAAUCCUGGGAUCUGAACAGAAGAUGGUUGAAGUGAACCUGGAAACCUUUCCUCAGCCAGAACCUGCACCCUCCAGCAUUACAGAGGAGCACAAAGAGAAGAGCACCAUUCAGAAACUGUUCUCAUUUCGACAAAAAUAGUUCCAAGGAUUUUGCACAAACUGAAACAUUUGAGACAAGCAACCCUUUCAAACGGGGUGAGGAUGAGAUGGGAGGAAGUGGUCUUUUUAAUCAUUGUGGCUGGAAAUGCUUUGCCUCGCUCAGUGUUUUUAAUUAUGUACAGUUCUGUUCUUUGUUUAUCGAGUGUGGAUUCAAACACGAACGACAAGAUAUCAAAGUAUCAGCUGUCCCUCUAAACACCUUCCUUCGCUAAUAUACAUAUGCAGUGUAUUUGAAACAAUAUUUGGUUAUGUAACUGUAAUAAACAUGGGAACGCUAGGAAUUGAGGUACUUCAGCUAAAACAUGAAAAAGGCUGCUGUAUGAGGUUAUGUGUAGUGCAGUAGAUCUCAUUGAAGUAUAUGAAGUGGUAAACUGGGCCAUGUGAAUGUAAAAAUUAACUUGUAUUGGCUCGCAGUAUACAUUGUAAAUAAGACUGGUCAAAUUUUAUGACAGUAGAGUGAAGUAUUUUUCUGCAAUACUAGGUAUAAUGAAAUGCUGUUCUGAGUACAUGGGCUCUGUUGUUCGUCCUCAGAUCACUGGAGUUAACUGGAUUUAACAUGCAGUUGCAUAAUAUAUCGUGAAAUUGAAUUUUAACUAUAUCUGGCCCUCUUAAGUUUUCCUCUUUUCUCGAUCAACCUAACAUUUGAUCUUAUGUGUUUGUUGCGGUUCUUUCUCCCAAUUGUUUGCAUUGAAUGUUUCCAGUAUCCUUUUUUUAAUGUUUGAAAGGUAAUAAAUAUCUUUUGCCACAAAA